AUGCCCCAAUCACUUGAUGGUUCUUUGGUUUCAGGCCUAAUUGACCCAGUUACAAAAACGUGGGAUCAGGAUAUUAUACGUGAUAUUUUCUCCCCUACGGAUGUGAACCGCAUUGUGAGUAUUCCAGUGUGCCCUGACUAUGAAGAUUCGUGGUAUUGGAAUGGAGACCCAAGGGGUUGUUACACUGUUAAGGAUGGUUAUAGACGCAUUUGUGGUGAAAUUAACAAUGUUGCAGGUGGUUUUGAUAAAUGGCUUUCCCUUUGGAAAAUUAAAUCCCCUCCCAAGUGGAGGACUUUCCUCUGGAGAGCCCUUUCUGAUAUUCUCCCCAUUGCACCAAAUCUAAUUUUAAAGAGGGUUGAUAUAGAUCCUACAUGCCCUAUGUGUGGUCAAUCUCAUGAGAGCUUAAUGCAUACUUUCAUUUUGUGUGAGUUUUCAACAUUGGUUUGGCAUGCCUCUUCUAUUCUAGUACAUAUCAUAGGGGGGGCUGAUUUUUGUGAAUGGUUCUCUAAUGCAAUGGAUUCCCUUUCAAAUGAACAGCUUAUUGCGGUGGUGGCAGUCCUAUAUCAUCUAUGGAAAGCACGCAACAUGGCUGUUUGGGAUGGGUGCUUGCCUUCACCACGGCAGUUGUGGAAUAUGGCGAACGCGGCUAUCCGUGCAUGGGGAGAUGUUCACUGCCGACAGUCGACAUCCACUGCUGCUGCGCCACGCACAGAGACCUUGGCUGCUUCAUCUUCUACCGCCGGCGACCCCCCGUAUAGCUGCUUCUUUGAUGCUGGUUAUCAGGCAUCAACGAGGAGGGCGACGGUGGGGGCAAUCCUCCUCUCGGCUCAAGGAACAUUCUUGGCGGCUUUCAAUGGACCCCUACACGACUGCUUCUCACCGCUCAUGGCCGAGUCAGUAGCCUGUAAGGAGGUUCUUUCUUGGAUUCGGGAUCGUGGUCUAACUUCGGUAGCCCUUCACACGGAUUGCACUGCUCUUCAACGGUUAUUAUCUUCAGAACAAUCUAAUCUACAUUCUUAUGUGGGCUUUUCGUUAAAUGCCUCGAAGGCUAUUCUGUCAUCCUUUACUCAUUUUUCAAUUAGUGUGGUACCGAGGUCUGCGAACCAAGGUGCACACUCGCUUGCUUCUAUUGCCUAUUCACAGGCACAUUCUUUGUUUUGGGAUACUAUCCCGCCAAACUUUAUCUCGGCUUUGAUUUAA